AUGCUUUUGCCAAGUUUAUCCGAUCUCCGCCAAGCUUUAACCGGUUAUCAUAUAAUCAACUUUUUGCUUUCAAUCGCGUUUCCAGUUUUGAAAUCAACAUUUCUUUGUGAUUAUGUAUUUUCUCUAGAACAUGGAGAUGUUUGUGAAAUUGAUCCGGUGAGUUUUUGAGUUACAUCAGGGAGGGGGUUUCUGAAACCCAGAAUCUUGUUGUAAUCGGAUACUUAAUUGUUGAAUUCCUAGUGGUGGAGUGAAAAUGAGCUUCGAAAGUUGGUUGAGAUCAGUUUAUUGAAAUUUGAAAAUAAAAAAAUUCCUGGAUAUUUUUUGUCUCGGCGAAUUCGAAAUGCCUCCGAAACCACGAUUUAUCAUUUUAUCCAUAAAAUUGAGUUAGGUUUGAAAAUCGCGAAUUCGGAGUGACUACGAAACCACGAUUUAUCAUUUUUAUCCAUAUAUCCUACAGUAAUAUAUCAUAAAGUUUCAUAAUUUUUGGCAAUCAGUUUUAACACUGUCCAGAUGUUUUAAAUCAUUCAUAAAUUGGUAGUUUCUUGCUAAUAUGUCCGAGUUCGCGAUUUUCAAAUAUAGCUCAAUUUUGUGGAUAAAAUAAUGAAGACCGGCGUUAGCCGGUCGUUUCAUUCUUGUAAAUUCGAAUUGUUGUUUCCAGCGAGAACGUGAGAUUCUCAUGUUUUUACUCGUCAUAAUCGUAUGGAAAGGUAGAAAAGCUACAAAUUGGAUGCAUUAUGUCAGCAACAUUUUCCUUUUCUCAAAAGUCGCCGGAUUAUUUUUAUUUGUUCGAGCUGAUGUUUUGCCAGCCAUUAUUUAUGUGCUGAUUUGUCUUAUCGUCACAGUUAUGUUCCCUGAACCUCUUUAUGAUGGGCCCGAACAAGUUACAUAUUUUCAAGGAGAACAGUUAUUUGUGAGUUUGAAAAUAUUCUUUGGUGCCUAAUAAAUUCACGAUUUUAGGAAGAGCUCACAAAAAAUCGAAAUACCGUUUGGGUUAUUCAAUUUUUCACAACAUGGUCUCCUGAAUGUAAACACGUAACUCCAGUUUUCGCAAAACUUAGUGAGAAAUACACACUUCCAAAUCUGCGAUUCGGAAAAUUGGAUAUUGGAAGAUGGUCGAAAGAGGGUGAAAGAUUCCGUGUAAAUUCACAUCCAAUGUCUAGACAGUUACCCACGAUUUGUGUUUUUAAGUGAGUCUGAUUUUUGGCAGGGAUGAUUUUUUUUAAAUCUGAUUGUGAGGAUCUCAAAUUUUUUGUUUUGAAAAAUAUCUAAUUUUUUCUCGAAUAUAUUCGAAAUCUCUGAAAAAUCCUGAAACACAUUCAAAUUUUUUCCCUCAAAACAACAAUUUGCAGAGAUGCCAAAGAAACAUCCCGCCGUCCUUUGGUCAAUGAAAGUCGCCGUGCUGUUCCUUUCGUUUUCAGUGAGGAAAAUUGUGUGCUCGCGUUCGAUUUGCAGAAUUUAUAUAAAGAACAACAGUCGAAAAAAUCAGCGAAACAGCAAUCAAAAAAAGAUGAGUAA